GAUGUGCAAAACAGCUCAUUUUGGUGAACAGCUCCGAACCGAUCAGCUCACCAAAGUGAAUCGAUUCGAUGUAUCAGCUCAUCAGCUCUUUUGGUUUAAACUUAAGGUUCAUUUUGUGCGCCGUUUUUCUUAUGCACCGGUUUUCUUUCAUAUGCAUGAUCGAAAUUGAAUCAUUGAUUUGCAAUGAAUGCAAUGCGAAUUAACUUAUCUUUAAUUGAUGUCGACUAAAUUGAAUCUCUUAAAGAGCCGAAGAUCCGAUCAGCUCGUAGCGUGUUCCCUUCGUCAUAAUGCAGUGAACUGGGUAGCAAAUGAGUGAGCUGGUGAGCUGCGGUUCUUUUGAAAAGAGCUGUGAGCUGUCAGCUCACUUCAAUGAUUCGAUUCACUGGAACAGCUCAGGAGCGAAUUGCCCAUCUCUAGUUACUAACGCAUUUAAAUCUUUUAGUUCAAAACAGCAUAGAAAAGGAAGUUGCAUAAUGGCAGAAAGGGAACCGAAAGAAGAAUUUCGACAUGGCAGUUUUACACAGUAUUACAGGUUCCGUUCGGAGGACCACAGACCGGAGAUACUGGAGGAAUGCCUAAGGACUUUGAUGGGUCAUUUCGGAAACCACAUUACCAUGCUGGACAUUGGUUGUAAUACGGGAAAUCUAACGGAAGCGGUUCUCACAAAAAUUCGAAGUAUGACCGCCGAUAGCGCCAGGAACUGCCGGAUGCUGGGUGUCGAUAUAGAUACUGACCUUGUUCGAAGAGCUACUGACGAAUAUCGGUCGGUGGAGGGCUUAAAGUUUAUCCAGGCCAAUAUAUACAACGUUUCGAUGGGGAAUGACAAUUCGAUUUCGAAUUAUAUGCGUGAAACGGGAGUUGAGCAAUUCGACAUUGUAUUCUGUUUUUCAUCGCUUAUGUACGUGCAUUUGAACUACGGAGAUUACGGUCUUCAGGAAGUGUUGCAGUAUCUUUGUGCGAGGGCCAAUGUGUUGGUAGUUGAAUUGCAUAGCUGGCCGAAAUAUCGCGAUCAUGUCAAAAAAAUGAGAAAGCGCGAUGGGGCUUAUCCUAAAUAUGAUAGGCUCAAUUGGAGGGGUAGCAAUGGCAAACUAGAAGAAUAUAUCUAUGAAUAUAUAAAAACACUUGGAUUCACAAUAACAUCGGUGAGCUCCGAAAAGAAUGAAUUCAAACGAGAUAUUGUAGUUUUUUCUAAGCAAAUCUCUGGUUGAUUAAAUA